AUGGCGCCCGAAUACGAGCGUGUACAUGUGUCGGGACAAGCCAGGCAACCCCAGGUCAGAAAGUUCACGGAUGCAAAUGGGAGAAAAUGGUUGAUACGGGACAAAAACCCACCAACUCAAGGACGUCGUCCACAACAGCCACCUCCUGCUUAUCGACAAGAAAGAACUCCACCAAGAUAUGAGGAGCGCGAUUCGCGACGUGAAGGGGGACGUCGUCAGGGUGAGAAUUCCAGGUCGGCUUACGAGGAACGUCCUUCAAGGCGCGGCUCACAGGCUCCUCAGCAAGAAGUGCACCAUGUGUCUCACCCACAGCGUCGCUCUCACCAUCAAGAGGGUUCCCGCAGAGCUGAAGGUUCCCGUAGAGCUGAAGGCUAUGGGACUUCUAGCCGUCCGUACUCGGAGGGGGCAGCCAGGGAGACUCGAUCCGAUGGAGGAUACCACCCGAGACGAUUGACUCGACAAGAAUGGGAGAAAGAAGCUGCCCGUGCUGCCCGUGCUGCUGAGCGAGAAGCCGAGCGCGCCAAACGACAAGCCAAAAAGCAGAAGUACAUAAAAUGGCUGCUGUACUUCGUCUCGUGA